AUGUCAGCAGCCGCCAUAGGAGUCGAAAACAGAUGUUUAAUGAAAAACCAAAAAAACAACAACGGCACAUGUGAUAGUAUCAAUGUAGACAUAAAUCAUAUUAUAAAAGAUAUAUAUGGAUUUAAACAUGGGAGAAAGAGAAGCGUUCAGUUUAUCAACGACGACACGCUAUUGAAUAGCCAGGACAUGAAGAAAAUAAUAAAGAGAAUAAAAAUUCAAGAGAGCUAUGGGAGUAGCAGUACGGGUAAACAUGGACCAUGUGACAGUGAGAGUAAACAGGAGGAAGAUUCAUUGACGCUACCUCCACAGGAUGCCACUUGCAUCAAUAGUGAGGACGCUGUUAAAAUUGGCUCGGGGGUCGACUCGGAUAGAGGAUCGGACAGUGGCUUAGAUAGAGGAUCGGACAACGGCUUGGAUAGAGGAUCGGACAGCGGCUUGGAUAGAGGAUUGGACAACGGCUUGGAUAGAGGAUCGGACAGCGGCUUGGAUAGAGGAUCGGUCAACGGAUUGGAUAGAGGAUCGGUCAACGGAUUGGAUAGAGGAUCGGUCAACCGCUUUGAUAGAGGAUUGGACAACGGCUUAGAUAACAACCUCCUCCAUAGCAGCCCACAUGGCUGCACCAGUAACAACCACAUACGAAACAGCGACAAGCGAAGCUGCCCCCAAGAAUAUGACAACUUCUGCGAAAACAACCGCUUUGUAAAAAGACAGGCGAGUAGCAACAAUCAGGUUAGAAGCGACUCCACAACGGAAUCGUUAAUCCACCGAGAAGAAAACAGAAAAAUUUUGUCCAAGCAGUUCGAACUCUGCAUCGAUAACGUCCUAGAGCAUAUCCGCUCGUGUAACGAAAUUAAUCAAGCGAAGAAAAUUAUGAUUCCUCUGUUAAGUGAAUUUAUAUUAAACAAUUUCAUGUGCCUGGAUGACCAUGAGAGGGUUCAAAAUGGAUACAAAAUAAAUAUCGACACUUUGCAGAAGGAGAAAAAAGUUUUAAUAAGUGCCGUAAAAACGCAAUAUCAAAAAAUUAUACAAUUGCAGAAAUUGGUUCAUCAGUACUUCUACGACAUUAACAAUCCAAAUAAGAGAAUUUUUUCUAUAUUGUCCCCAGACGUGUACUAG